AUGGAGACGUACGAUUCGAAACGACGCCCCCCGCGGCCCCCCCUCUUCACCAGUAAUUCAACAGGAUCGACCAGCCUCCAUAGCUCUGGAUCAUGCGACCCGUCGUUAUUACCCGCUGUUUCGUCACAGCUCCGAAAAGUUGUCUGGUAUUCACUCGACAACAAUCUCAUCCCUAACGCUAUAUUCACGGCCGAACGGCUGAUAGCAUUCGAUUCGAAGGACCCUGAGAACAUCUACCUCCUCGCUCUAUCACUUUACCGUGGUAACCACGUUAAGCACGCUGAGAGUAUCACGAAGUCUGUUAAAGGGCAUUUGGGGUGUGCCUAUAUCUAUGCCCAGUGCUGUCUAGUAUUAAAAAAGUAUAGAGAGGGUAUUGCCGCACUGGAAAAGUGCAAAUCCCUAUGGGUUAGCGAGAGCCAUUGGAAUCAACAUUCAGAUAAGGAACGACGUUCGACACCGGAUGCAGCAGCUGUCCUUAACGUCUUGGGUGACUUGUUUAUGGGCAUGCGAGAUGAUAAGCUAGCCCUUCAAGCGUAUCAUGCCUCGUUUGCGGCAAAUCCAUACCUUUGGGAUUCGUUUAGCUCGACUGCGGAAACCGGUGCUGCACUUAAGGCUGGAGCCGUGUUUAAACCGACAGAAGAAAUGCUUGCUGUGGCUAGGAUGGCCAGCCAGUCACUGAAUUCAUCUAUGACGGAAGAAACGGUCACCUAUCAGAGCCAAUUCAGCAACAGUCAAGAUCACGAUCCAUUCUCAUCUUCUUCAUCACAAUCACGAGAUCCCGGGACCGUUUUUGGUGUGCCGCCAGCCCCGCAAAAUAGGUUGAACGAGGGUGGGGCAAAUGUGGGGAUGGAAACCCCAACGAGUGAUAAUGUCAUUCCGGCUUCCAUCGACUACCCGAAAGCGCCAUCCCGUAAAGCCAGACCUCAAAGCUUGAUAGAUGCUCCGCGAAAGACUUUGAUGACCAGAUCGCGAGAUCAGGAUCAUCAGCUAGAGAAAAAAAGGUCCAUUGCUAGUACCGAUGAGGCUAAGAACUCCCAGACCGCUGUGACCGCUCCAGCUACCCGCAGAAGCAAUCGAAUUCUCAACUCAAGCCGAAUUGCCAGUAAAUUUGCGGCGGCCGGGCAACGAGAAGCGAAGAAACCUAAGACGGCUACCAAGUCUUCAAGUCGAGGCCAAUUAGCUGCGGACAAAACCUCCAGCGCUCUGGUCCAUAGCCAGGGUGAUGUCCACAUGGCGGAGGCUCGGCCAAUAUCGGCUCCUAUUCCAAGACCGCAAGAACCUAAGGAGGUCAUGGCACAUGUUGUUAUAUUGGAUCUGUAUAGAAAACUCGGGACUGCGUUGGUUAACCUCUGUCGUUUUGACUGCAAGGCGGCUGUUAUGAACUACCAGUCCUUAAACUCGAUCCACAGAGAAACUCCAUAUGUCCUCGCGAAGCUUGGGCGAGCCUUAUAUGAACUUUCUAGGUAUACCGAAGCCGGUGAAUGCUUCGCAAAAGUCCGCCUGAUGGAUCCUCUGCGGAUGCAAGAGAUGGAAACAUAUUCAACCUUGCUUUGGCAUCUCAAGAAGGAUGUUGAAUUAUCAUUCCUAGCUCACGAACUCUUUGAUUUGGACCGAGUUUCUCCCCAGGCAUGGUGUGCCCUAGGGAACUGUUAUUCGCUCCAGCGAGAUCACGACCAGGCUCUUCGAUGCUUCAAGCGUGCUACUCAGAUCGACGACGGACUUGCCUAUGCUUAUACAUUACAGGGUCACGAACAUCUUGCCAAUGAUGAUCUUGAGAAAGCCAUGUCAUGUUUCAGAAGCGCUCUGUCUGCUGAUAGCCGACAUUACAACGCUUGGUACGGAAUCGGGAAAGUCUACGAGAAGUCAGGGAAGAACGAUAUGGCUCUUAGGCAUUACAAGACUGCUUAUUCCAUUAACCCAACAAACGUUGUCCUGAUUUGCUGUGUUGGUGCGGCGUUCGAAAAGGAAGGAAACUACAAACAAGCACUAGUCCAUUAUUCGAAGGCCUGUGAUCUUGCACCGGGUAGCGCCCUGUCAAAGUUCAGAAAGGCUCGCGUCUUAAUAGGAUUAGGGAAAUUACAUGCGGCACGGGAUGAGCUUGUCUCUAUCAAGGAUAUUGCCCCAGAGGAAGCAAACGUACAUUUCAUGCUUGCGAGAGUCUAUAAGCUACUCCACGAGAAGCAACUUGCUGUUAAGCAUUUUACAUCCGCUCUACACUUAGACCCCAGAGCGAGUUCGUUGAUCAAGGAAGCGAUGGAGUCACUAGACGACCCCAACGAGGACUCGUACAUAGAAGACGCGGAGCCCUACUUGGAGCAGUAA